UUCCUGCCCAUUGACCGGCCGCUCUCCUCUCGUCCUGGAUGAUGUCAGAACAGGACCUGGCGGAUGUGGUGCAGAUUGCCGUGGAGGAGCUGAGUCCCGACCACCCAGGUGAUCGUGAUGGCUUUAAAAUGAACACUGAGUUCUUUUGUCUAAUUUUAAAAGUAAUGCACGCAGAAUGAUAAAAAACAAAGUAAAAAAGGACCAAGAAGAAAAUAAAUAGCAGCCCCGCGGCCCGUAGAAAGUGAGCGCCGGAACCCAGUUGUACUGGAGAAUCAUGUAGUGACAGACGAAGAUGAACCAGCUUUGAAACGUCAGCGACUAGAGAUCAAUUGCCAGGAUCCUUCUAUAAAGUCAUUCCUGUAUUCCAUUAACCAGACAAUCUGCUUGCGAUUGGAUAGCAUUGAAGCCAAGCUGCAGGCUCUGGAGGCCACAUGUAAAUCACUGGAAGAGAAACUGGAUCUGGUCACCAACAAGCAGCACAGCCCCAUCCAGGUGCCCAUGGUGGCGGGCUCUCCUCUCGGCGCCACCCAGACCUGCAACAAAGUGCGAUGCGUCGUCCCCCAGACUACAGUAAUUCUCAACAGUGAUCGGCAGAACGCCGUUGUAGCCAAGAUGGAAGACCCCCUGAGCGGCAGGGCACCGGAUCCCCUGGAAAAUAUCAUUAGCAACGCGGUGCCCGGGCGUCGGCAGAACACCAUCGUGGUGAAGGUGCCAGGUCAGGAGGACAGCCACAAUGAGGAUGGGGAGAGCGGGUCCGAGGCCAGCGACUCCGUUUCCAACUGUGGACAGUCAGGAAGUCAGAACAUCGGCAACAACGUCACCCUCAUCACCCUGAACUCGGAAGAGGACUACCCCAAUGGCACGUGGCUGGGGGACGAGAACAACCCCGAGAUGCGGGUGCGCUGCGCCAUCAUCCCCUCCGACAUGCUGCACAUCAGCACCAACUGCCGCACGGCCGAGAAGAUGGCGCUCACGCUGCUGGACUACCUCUUCCACCGCGAGGUGCAGGCCGUCUCCAACCUCUCGGGCCAGGGCAAGCACGGCAAGAAGCAGCUCGACCCCCUCACCAUCUACGGCAUCCGCUGUCACCUCUUCUAUAAAUUUGGAAUCACGGAAUCCGACUGGUAUCGAAUCAAACAGAGCAUCGACUCCAAAUGUCGGACGGCCUGGCGGCGAAAACAGCGAGGCCAGAGUCUGGCCGUCAAGAGCUUCUCCAGGAGAACCCCGUCCUCGUCCUCGUACGGCGCCUCAGACACCAUGAUGAGCACGCCACCGCCCACCAGUGAGCUGCAGCAGCCCCCGCCUCAGGCCCUGCACUACGCCCUGGCCAACGCCCAGCAGGUCCAGAUCCACCAGAUCGGGGAGGACGGACAGGUCCAAGUAAUCCCACAGGGCCACCUCCACAUCGCCCAGGUGCCUCAAGGGGAGCAGGUGCAGAUCACGCAGGACAGCGAGGGCAAUCUACAGAUACACCACGUGGGACAAGAUGGGCAGGUGCUGCAGGGGGCCCAGCUGAUAGCCGUGGCUUCUUCGGACCCUGCUGCCACGGGGGUGGACGGCUCGCCGCUCCAGGGCAGCGACAUCCAGGUCCAGUACGUGCAGCUGGCACCGGUGACCGACCACACCGCUGCAGCCCAGGCGGCCGACGCCCUGCAGCCCACCCUGCAGUCCGAGAUGCAGCUGGAGCAUGGGGCCAUCCAGAUCCAGUGAGGGGACGGCCGCCGACCAGACAGGGCCCGAGCCAGAGCCACCGCUCAGCGCUGGUUCCGGUCACCCGCACCGUUCACACGCACCCGUCCCUCGGCUUCGCACGGGAGGGGGCCCGCACACGUUCUGCUCAAGUGCAUCCGAGUGCCUCAUCCUCGGGGAGAGCGCCCCGGUAAAUAAAGACGAAGGUAGCCCCUGCCGCCCCCGCCUGAAGACCCUGUUUCUUUUGAUCACCCCGCCGUGUCCGGGGAAGGAGCAGGAAGCACAGCGUGGUCGCGUUAAGUACACGCGGGAAAUCAAGAACUACGAUAUUUUUCUCUGUUCAAACAGCUUUUUUAAUUUGCUAUGGUGUUUAUAACAAAAAACAAAAUUGAAAAAAAAGUGGAGUAGCAGAAGCCUUUUGCUGUGUGCUCUGUUCAGUGUAAUGAGAAUAGGUAUUUGCAAAAGAAGACUAACGAUUUUGAUGGAAACGUUGCUUACCUACUUUUCUAGGGGGAUGCUGUCAGCACUGUGAUCGUGCAUUUCUAAUGGAAUAAAAUGUAUUUAUGACCACGGCGGCUGUCACGUUGUUUCCUCUUAGGAGAUGGCCCCUGGGCCUGUGGCGGCCCUGAUGUAGCUGUGUGGGCCCUUCCAGAGGAAGGGGCGUGGCUGUCCUGGCAGUCCUGUGAUGGAGCCUGGGGUGCAGGGGGCUGCACGAUGGAGUGUCUCCAGGCACGGUGUCCCUCGAGGCAGCGUGAGCCUUCAGAAUUGGGGUGCUCCCACGAGUAAGCUGUGCUGUUGAAUGGCAUGGCCUCUUCCAGCCCCAGAAAGUCCCAGCUCUGGGGGGUCUUUAGAGAAAGUCGUGUCUGAAGGAGCAUGCCAUAUUGAUGGUCUAAUUAACGUGUGUCUGGAAUCCCAGAAGGAGAGAAUAGAAGGAAGAUGACACGUAAAGGAUUGGGGAAGCAGAACAGAUCUCACGUAGAAAUACAGAGGAAGCCGUGCCUGGACACACGCAGAACGUCGAAGACGAGCAUAACCCAGAAGCAGCCAGAGAGGAAGGACGGACCACCCUCAUGAGGGGAGGGCACAUCAGAAGCAGAGGCGUGAUGGGAAAAACGCUCUGCACGGAGUCGGGUCUUUAGUAGAACAGCUGUUCAAGAACGCCGGUGACAGUUGGCAUCUGGCCCAGAGCUCUGCUCUGAGGUGUACACCCAGGAGAAUUGAAACCGUAUGUCCACACGUAAAUGUGCACACGAACAUUCAUAGCGGCACUUUUCACGAUAGCCGGAGACUGGGAACAGCCUACAAAAUGGGGUCCACCGACCCAGCAGCCUUGUAGCUCAGCCGUAAAAGGAAGGAAGCACUGACACAGGUUUCAAGGUCGAUGAACCUUGAACACGUGCUGAGUGAGAGAAGCCAGGCCCAAUAGCCCGCAUACUAUGUGGUUCUGUUUAUGUGAAACGUCCGGAAUGGGCGAGUCCGUGGACACAGCAGAUGAGCAGUGGCCUGGGCUGGGGGAGGGGAGGUAGGGAGUGACUAAUACGGCAAAUACGGAUUCUUCUGGAGAGGACGAAGAUGUUCUGGAAUUAGUGGUGCUGUUGGCCCAACUCUGUAGGUCCACUAGAAGUCACACUAGAAGGGGUGAAGUUUUGGGGAUAUAAAUUAUAUCUCAAGGUUAUUAAAAAUAAAGAAUUGGGCAACAUUUAAAAAAACAGGAACAAAAAUGAGGGUGUCACCUGCAGACGAUUCCAUCCUAUAAAGGAAGUUGUAAGACAUUUUCUUCAAGAGCAGGAAUAUGGACCCAGGAGGAGAUUCUGAGAGCAGAAGGUUGGGGGGCGGGGGAGCAAAUACAACAACGAGGAGGUGUAUCUAGUACUCCGUGUAAACUGCCUCACAAUAAAAUGUUGGAAAACAUUGCUCUGAAGGUUGGGGCAGGCAGGAAAGGAGCUAAGUCGUUGUAAAGCCCCCUUUCCUUGCCCUGGAGAGAAAGGAUCAAGAUGCUGUACAAUUGUAAGGCAUCAAAGUCAAUAUUUAUGGGCUUCCCUGGUGGCGCAGUGGUUGAGAGACUGCCUGCCGCAGGGGAC